AUGGCUUCCUUGCAGGGCAAAGUCAUCGCUCUCACUGGCGGUGCCUCUGGCAUCGGCCUGGCUACCGCUAAAAUCCUCGCAUCGAGAGGUGCGAAAGUCUCAAUUGCCGACCUCCAUCCCAACCUCGAGGGCGCAGCGACCGAGAUCAAGGAUGCGACAGGAAGCGCAGACCUCAUGACCGUGAAGGUGGACGUGAGGAAUAUUGAAUCAGUCACGGCUUGGAUCGAACAAACGAAAUCUGAAUUUGGACAACUCGACGGGGCAGCAAAUCUUGCAGGAGUCUUCAAGGCAUUUGGAGAUCGUGGCAUCGAAUCGGAAGACGAGGAAAACUGGCAAUUCAUGAUCGAUGUCAAUCUAACUGGCGUUAUGCAUUGCAUGCGUGCACAAAUCCCACAUAUCAAAUCAGGUGGAAGUAUUGUCAAUGCCGCGAGCGUUCUGGCCAAUCGAGGCUGGAAGGGCGCAGCCGCAUACUCCGCCUCCAAGCAUGGAGUUGUUGGCUUGACGAAGUCUGCAGCGAAAGAGAUUGGCAAAAAGGGAAUCAGGGUUAAUUGCAUUGCUCCCGGUCACAUUAAUACUCCCAUGUUGAAGUCUGCGGUCACCGACCCCAAUCGACCAGCUGAGAAUAGCAGUGCUGAAUUUGUACCUUUGGGAAGAAUGGGCGAACCUGAAGAAGUUGCUGCUUUAGUUGCAUUUCUCUUGAGCGAUGAGGCAGCUUUCAUUACUGGCGCUUGCAUCAAUAUUGAUGGCGGAAUGACUGCUUGA